ACAUCUGUUGAAGAGUUCUGAGAAGACGGAGCCUCUAAGGAUGUUUCUGAAAGUUGCCACCAAGAGUGAUCUGCUGGGUUUCAAAGAGAACAAUGAAAACCAACAGACAGCACCGAGGCACAAUGGAAAUGAUGUAGGGAAGCAGGUGGAUCGGUUAAUUCAAUCCCCAAGUGUUUGCAAAGGGGCCAGUCAGCCAGCUCUCCUGGAGGAUGAGAAUGAGAUCAAUCACAAUGGGAGCAAGGGAGGUGUUGAUCAGAGCUUGCAGAUUACAACAGAUGAAAGCACCGAUGCAGAAGAGAAGCCGUUCAGAUGCUGGCACUGUGGCCAAAGCUUCAGUAACAGUUCAAAUCUGGUGACCCACGAGAGGACCCACGUUGGUGAGAAACUCUAUAAAUGUUCUUACUGUGGAGAAAGUGAGAGGACCCAUACAGGCCAGAAGCCCCACAAAUGUUCUCAUUGCGGGCGUGCUUUUGGCUGCAUUGUUCACGAGAAGAUCCAGGUGGGAGAGAAACCUUAUGCGUGUUCAGAGUGUGGGAAAAGCUGUAGUCAGAAAUCUGAUCUUUUAAAACACCAGAGAACCCACACAGGCGAGAAACCUUAUCAAUGCUCCGUGUGUGGCAAAACCUUCCGAAAUGGGUCAGGUCUCAAAGUACACCAGAGAAUCCACACUGGAGAGAAACCGUAUAAAUGUGUGUACUGUGGGAAGUGUUUCAGCUGGAGCUCGCACUUCCUAUCACACGAGAGAAUCCACACAGCUUUGUGCUCCUACUGCGGAAAAAGUUUCGGUCAGAAGUCAGAGCUGGUGGAACACGAGAAGACUCACGUAGCAGAAGAUUUGUUUGCGUGUUUUGCCUGCGGGAAAAUCUUUGAACUCAGUUCUGAACUCGUGGCACAUGUCCAGACUCACAAAGAGAAGCCGUUUGAGUGCUCGGUCUGUGGGAAAACCUUUAGGAACAGUUUGCAACGCAUUGCGCACCAGAAAGUCCAUACCGGAGAGAAGCCACAUAAAUGUUCCCUCUGUGGAAAAAACUUUAGCCAGAGACAGAGUCUGAUUGUUCAUGAGAGAAUCCAUACUGGAGAAAAGCCACAUAAGUGCUUAGUGUGUGGGAAAAACUUCCGAAACACCCCUAAUCUUAAAUCGCAUGAGAGAACUCACACAGGAGAGAAACCAUAUAAUUGUUCCCAUUGUGAUAAAAGUUUCAGGUGGAGUUCACAUCUCAUAUUGCAUAAGAGGAUUCACACAGGAGAGAAACCCUACAGAUGUUCUGAUUGCGGAAGAACGUUUGACCGGAGAUCCAACCUUCUGGUGCACGUGCGAAUCCACACGGGGCAAAGACCAUACAUCUGUUCAGAUUGUGGGAAAAGUUUCAUCUCCAGCUCGGUUCUUUUACGACACCAGAAAGUCCAUGUGGGAGAAGAUACUGCAGUGUGCUUAGAAUGUGGGAAAGAUUUCAGACAGCGCCGGGACCAGACGGAAAAGAUUUCAAAAUGUUCUGAGUGCACCCAAAGGCAUUCCCUGAGUUUGGAUCUUCAGCGAGCACAGAUGCAAGCAAAGAAGACAUUUGAAUGCUUACUGUGCAGCAAGACUUUCAGGAACAGCUCUCAUCUCAUUACACAUCAGAGUGUCCACACCAAAGUUCAACCAAGCCAGUGUUUGGAUUGUGGGAGAAACAUAAUUAGGAGGCCCAACCUCAUUGCCCCUUUGAAAAACCACUCCGGGCAAACCCCACAGAAAUGCUCAGAAUGUGAAAAACAGUUUAACUAGGUCCUGGAGGAACAUGCGGGUCUCAACUUUCUUCCGUUCAUCUCCUGAACGUUACACCAUCUGUCCCUUAAAAAAAAAGAUUCUUCUGACAGAGGGCAUCCAUGGGGGUGGUGGGUGAGUAUGUCAGUCAAAAAAGUCGAGAUGGCCGUGACUGGAAUCAAAGCUCAGUCCCUUUUAUGUAUGUGUUGAUGUGCAUCAAAAAGAGGCAGGGCUUCAAUCGCGUGGUUGGGCCUCCAUCUUGAGCGUUUGGAACCCUUCCACAGAUGGUCACUGUCCUCUGUUAAUUCCCACAUGAACAUGUUGCUCUAAAUUAGGGCUGCAUAUCAUGUGAGCCUUGGGCUCACCAGUGAAGCCCUUUCUAUAGCCCAAGUGGGCCUCCCCAGCCCCCCCCAAAGUCAUGGAAAAUUAGUUUUGAUUGGGACUGAAUACGUAGGUAGGUGUGAUGGAAUGGAAUUAUGAAGGCCAAGCUCAGGGAGAUAAACAUUUUCUUAUC